UUGCCUGCGGAGCAAGGGCGCACCGAUGCUCCGGCCAUGAGCGCGGCCCCGGGGCGCCGCCUGCUGCUUUUCCUCCAGGCGGGAGUCGCCCUCCUGCUGGGUGGGGGCAGCGCCGGCGCCUCCACGCAUUCCCUCCACUAUUUCAUAACGGCCGUCUGGGAGCCGGGAAGGAGGCUGCCCCUGUCGACCUCUUCGUCCUACGUGGAUGACCAGCUCCUCGGCCGCUACGACAGAGGCACCGGUCAGUGCGUGCCUCAGUCGUCCUGGGUAGAGGAGAUCAGCCACGACGACUCCGACUUCUGGGCCAGGAGCACCGGAGGGGACUUUGCCUCGAGUUUAGUCAUGGAUCUGAUGGUUCUGAAGAAUGUUUACAACCGGAGCAGAGGUAUUCACACCCUGCAAGCAUUCUCUGGCUGCGAACUGAGCGAGGACAAUCGUACCACCAGAGAGUUUGUGAAGUACGGCUACAAUGGAAGGGACUUCCUCAGCUUGGACAUGGCGACUCUCACCUGGACGGCGAUGGAUUCGGAGGCCAAGCCCAUCAAGAGGAAGUGGGAUGCCGAGCCGGAGCGAGGGAAAUUCUGGGGGCAUUUCCUGCAGGAGGUCUGCGUGGAGGGGCUGCACACCCAUCUGCGCUAUGGGGUGGAGAGUUUGCUGAGGAUCGACCCACCGAUGGUUCGCGUGACCCGCAAGGCGGGAUCCGACGGCCUGGAGACCCUCUUCUGCCAGCUCUACGGCUUCUACCCCAAGGAGAUCGAGGUCACCUGGAUGAAGGACGGGGAGGACCAGAAGCCGGAGACCCUUACGGGCGGUGUCGUCCCCAACUCGGACGGGACCUACCACACCUGGCUGAGCAUCGAGAUCGACCCCAAGGAGAGGGACCGGUACUGGUGCCAGGUGGAACACGACAGCCUGCUGGAGCCCCUGGACUUGGCCUGGGAGGAGCCAGCCUCUGUGUCCAACGUGGGGCUCGUUGUGGGAAGCACCCUGGAGGUCGUGGCCGCUGUCGUCCUGGCAGGGGCCGGGCUCGUCUUCCACAUCGGAAAACCACAAAAAGGCAGCUACCAAGGAGCACCGAGUGAGUGA